AUGAAUGAUGGUUGGACUCAGUUAAGGCCCGGCGAUAAUGUUGCUCUUAGGACGCUGCGUAUUUGUCAAGAUGAUUGUCGUAUCACUUAUUUAGAGUUUGAAUACGUGAAAGGUGGGAGGUCAGAGACACGUCACCAUGGGGUGAAAGGAGAAACACUAUCUGAGUUUGUGAUUGAUUUCCCGAAUGAAUACAUCCAAUCGGUGGAAGCAACCAAUGAUAAACCGAAGCUAUUUCGUAAUACCGUCAUUACCUCGAUUAAGUUGGAAACAUCAAAGGGUAGAACAUCAAUCUUUGGCUAUGAGGUGGGCAAGAAGUUUAUGCUAGUGAAAACUGGCUAUAGUCUUGUCGGAUUCCAUGGAAAGGAAGGUGAAGCUAUUGAUGCUCUUGGAGCUUAUUUUGAAAAUGUUCUAACGUCUCCUACUCCUACUGCAUCGAUUCCGGGGAUAGUAGAUACAUGGGAUGAUGGUGACUACGACUGUGUAAAGAAGAUACAAAUAGGAUUAUAUGACGAAGGUGUAUCGUUUCUCAAGUUCGAAUACAUUAAAGGCAAUGAACUGGUAUCUGGUGAUGGCCAUGGGAAGAUGACAUCACUCGGAGCUAAAGAGUUUGUGCUUGAGGAUGGUGAAUACCUCACGGCCGUGGAAGUCUCCUACAUAGCUAUGGCGGGCACACCAUAUCCAAAGGUGGCUUCUCUUCGGUUCAAGACGAACAAACGAGAGUCAGCUCUGUUUGGAAUGGAUGCCGGUGAGAAGGUCUUGCUAGGGGCGAAAAAUCACAAGAUCACUGAUAGCUUUGAUUGUUGUCAAAGCCUUAAGAACAGAACAUCAACAGUUAAAGCUCGAGACUUUGUUUUUGGGCAAUUAAUCAUUGCCUAUUUUUGGGUUUUUCAUUGA